CCGAUCCUUCUUCAUCUCCCUGCAUCGACCCCGUCUACCGACACCCCGGCGAUGUGUCAACGAUCGACCCAACACCCGCAAGAUGGGCGGCAUCCCCUACACCUCAUCAGGCUGCGCUACCUGCAGGAAGCGCAAAAUCAAAUGUGAUCUAGGAAAGCCCGAAUGCGCCAAGUGCAUCAAAAAAGGCACGCCCUGCCCCGGGUAUGACGAUCGAAACUUUCUCCACCACACCGUCGUGUCCCGACGGGCGCGAAACGGUGAGACCAAAAGGCCUGUACCCCAGCUGGUCGGACAGCUCAAGCCUCUGGCUUUACCCGAACAGUUUGAUAUGAGCGCCGAAGCUCGCACGCAGCUAUUUGCGACUUUCAUGGACACUUUCUUCGCAUCCGCUUGUCUGAAAGGGAAGGACGAUAGCUGGUACUUGUUGAUGGCCCGGUUCCCGACCAUGGCGGGCCAAUCCGAGCUGCUGGAUCGAUCGGUCAUCGGGUUGGCAUCGGUCUUCCUGGGAAAGACGAUGAGGGAUAGCCAGUUGGCGUAUCAUGGUUUGGAGAUAUACAAUAGCGCCCUCAAUGCGAUGGCACGUGUGCUGAAGUUCGAUGAUUCACCCUCGCUGGCUGUCUUGUACUCGGCCAUUGUCUUUCAGACCUACGAGACCAUGCAGAACAGUGAUACGGUAUUACGCAACUGUCUCACCCAUAUACAAGGUGCCACGGCAAUGUUAAAUCAUCAUGGCUAUAACCACCAUACCGACAAAGCCCUCAUCAAAGCGAUCGUGUCAAGACAGAAGUGGGCAGCAUCAAUGUUCAUUCUUAAUACGCCAUAUAGCACGGAGGUGAAUGGAGAGUGCCUUAUCCUGGGACGGGAAGAGAGCCCGAACGAUCAGCUCUUCGGGGUAAUUGCCGAAUGCAUCUUUCUACGCAGAGAUCUGGGUAAGAUCAUCAAGCUACAGCACAGGGAUCGGGAACAUGCAUGCCAAGCACUGCUGCAGGGUUGCUAUAAGCUCAAAAAGCGACUGCAUGUUGACUGGAUACUUGAGUCCACCCACAAGCUGGGCGGUAAACCUUCUCCUUGCCACAGGGAGAAGCUAACGCCCGACCCCAGCUUGCUACCCCUCGACCCUGAUCUUGCUCCGUACGAAUUCGAAAGCCUCGAAACGGCCAAAACAUACAUUUUGUUCUGUGUAGCCUCGAUAGUGAUCCAUCGCAUGAUCUAUCAAACCGAAAAACUACUCUUCCGCAACCCCGACCCUAGCUACAUGCUGUAUUAUGCCAGGGAAAUCUGCCGCACUGUCGCCUACUGCAUGCAACCCACGACCCGGAUGUCGGCCGGACAAGCCGUUCUCAUGGGGCUAUCUCAGGCCUCCAAAUGCUAUAUCGACUGCGGGGACAAGGCCAGGUUCCUGUGGUGCCAAGCGAUCUAUCCCCUCAUUGAGGCGAGUGGGUUUGGCAUCGCUCUUCGCAUGAGUCAAGUGGAGUGGAAGUACUGGAAUGCCGCUGGGAGCCAGUCAAUGGGCUCUACCUUGCUGUUACCCGAGGUGCUGCAGGAUGGAAUUGAGAUCAGCACCAACAGGGGAUAGUAUUGCACUGCUGGCAGACAUGAGCAAUGCUACGGUUGGAUCUGCGCAUCCUGAUUGGACAACUGGUCCUGUGCACGGGCCAGUCGCACAAUUUACCCGUUUCAGACUAGCGUUGCUGUUUCUUGUACCUACGAUAUAAUAUGCUCACUGCCUUAUCUAUCUCCCAGCAGACUGUCAGCUUAUUAGACAUUAUCCUUUUCAAGUGUUGUUCAAUACGUACGACC